AAAAAAUGAGUGGAAGCAUGUAUGACUUAUCCGUAGCCACAUAUUCCCAGGAGGGACGUAUCUAUUAGGUGGAAUAUGCAACAAAGGCAGUUGAAAAUUCAGAGUAAAUUUUGAAUUAAUUCUGAUUAGGACUGUGAUCGGAGUCAGGUGUAAAGAUGGAAUCAUUUUGGCAGCAGAGAAGUAAAAGUUCUCCAGAUUGUUGGAAGACAACACAAACAAGAGAAUCUAUAAUAUCGACACUUCCACUGGAAUGGCUCUAUGUGGAAAAUUGCCAGAUGGAAGAAACAUCUUAUAAAGAGCAAAGGCAGAGUCCUCUCAAUAUUAAGACAUGUAUGCUAUUCCAGCAUCUGCCAAUGUGUUGUCGGAUAGAGUGGCACAAUAUGUCCACGCCUACACUAUGUAUUCUGGAGUGAGACCCUUCGGAUCUGCAAGUAUCAACUCCUCUCUAAUAUUCAGCAUUCAUUGCCAGUUACAACACUUUCGAUGGUUAUGAAUUAUACAUGAUUGAACCAUCAGGAAACAAAUACGCUUAUCAUGCAUGUACUCACGGAAAAGGUAGAGCAAUUUGCAAGUCCGAAUUUGAAAGAAGGAGUUUCAAAGACCUCACAUGCUAAGAAGCCUUGGUCUAUAUUGCUAAGAUGUAAUUUAAUAUUGUCUAAUUGUCAGGUUGAUAUUAGCACAUGAGGAAUUCAAAGAGAAGAAAUAUGAAUACGAAAUGACUUGGAUCACCGAUAACAAUGGACGCAAACAUCAAAGUGUCCCUCAAGAUUUGAUUAAUAAUGCUGUGCAAUAAGCCGAAUAAUUAAUUGAACAAGAUUAACUGGGAGAAUGAUCAUAUAUCUACAUAAAGACAACCA